UCAGUUGACAUGUGUAUGUGUGCUGUGCGUACAUCCUUAAAUAACCCCAUUCACCUUACAGGCAGAGUUCAAAAGAAAGAAAGUAUACAUUAUGGGAGCAUCUUCCUCUGGCUUGCUGGAUGAGGCUAAAAUCAGCCACAUCAAAGGACUAGCUGACAGCACGUUCCAGAGCUUCAGUGCGUUUUACCGUCAGCAGUACUCUGUGGCCUACCUUGGACACUUACACCAGGAGGUGGAGCCUAAGAGAGAGGGGAGGGGCCUAUUGCUCACACACAGGCCCCAGUAUGCUCCUGAUGAGGUGUUGUACCAAGGGACUGUUAAGUUCUCCAGCUGGGAUGAGCAGCUGAAGAAAUGCAGAGAGAGGUACAUCGUUCUGCGAAGAGACUACAGAGCAGAGAUACAUGACAGCAUGGAGACUUUCAGCCGUGGAUGUGCGGCUAAGUUGGUCCUCCAGCUUACAGGAGCCGCUGUGUUCACCAACUCAGAGGAAUCCAAAGCUCACCUUGAGAAAGCCUGCGCGGGAAUACUGAAUGGAGUGAAAGAGGACUCUUCUUCGUUGGUGUUCAAUCCAGAUGCAUUUGCUGUGCACCUCCACUUGCCUUACAGAGGCCACACAUGCUUCCUGUUUCACCAAGAGGAGGAACGAGAUCACUUCCUCUCCAGCCUCAAGACCUGCAUUAGACAUCGAAACCUCGACCCGUGGUGUAAUCCAUCAUAUGAGAGCCAGGCGUACACACGAGCCCUCCGACUCUACCGGCAGGAGAAAGGAUGCUAUGAAUCCUGGGAAAUGCUGCUAGGGACUGAGGAACAAGUGCUAGCCUCCCAGGUGAUGGAAGAAGUGUUGCCAUGGUUACAGAGUCAGCUUCAGUCCAGGCUAAAAGGCAAGAAGACCGAGAGGAUCCGGCUGUGGUUGGCAACAGCGCAGGCAACCUACACACUGGUGCUGGAAACGCUGACUGCGGGUCUGGAGGCUCUGAAGGAGGAGUGCCGUCAGACAGCGUCCAACAAUCAGGCGCUCAUCAGAUCCAAUCUGGACCAAAUAAUGUCCUCUCACUCCUUCCUGGAGCAAAAAGUCAGAGCAUGUGUAUGUGAGGAGGCAGAGAAAGUGUGCAGUGAGUCUGUAGCACCCUACAUGUCCUCCAUCCUUGAAGCACUUACAGAGAACAUAAGCGCAGGGAUUCUUGGGAUGCAGCGCACACUGAACGCACAGAUGGAUUCAGCCUUUUCACACACAAACGAAAGGACGGAGGAGACAAAGAAGGCCUUGUCCGGUCUGCACUCCAUCCGUCUAGAUCAGAGCUACAAGCAGGUGGAGAACCUGACAGAGAAGCUUGAAGGCUUAAAAGAUCGGUUUGGACUGAGCAGCACUCACAGACUGGUGCACUAUGCAAAUCUGGAGAUGGAGCAGUUGCUGGACAGUGCGGUCUACACCUUGGAGCAGUUCCUCCAGUCAUCAUCCAGACUGCAGCCCUCCCAAGUUCCCGUCAAGCUGAACAGAGCUACAGAAAGAGUGCUGAAGCAGCUGGACUACGACAGCAGGGUGGUCCAGAGGAGGCUCUACGAGGAGGCUCUGCUGGAGAUCACUCUGCCCACUCUCACUAGGAAGAUGGACAGCAAGUGGAAAACUGAGCUGCAACAGUUCGAGCAGUACAUUUUCUCUGACUACAGCGGUUUCAUCCUGGUUCAUAACGUCUACGAUGAUGUUCUGAGAACCAUCCUCAGCAAGGAGAUAGAGACAGCUGUCCAGGAUGCAGCUAGUAAGAAGAGCAACAAUCUCCUGUUGGACACUUCAGAUCUGGCCAUUAGUCAGUACAGUCUGCUGGGACAGACGCCUCCACGCUCUGCGCCCGACAGCCCAGCCGCUGACGCUCGGCAGUCCUCCUCAGCCGUGCUCGCUGAUGAUCAAGAAACGGUUUCUGCAGUGGAAGAAAAAAGUCAGACAGCUGAUGCUUGCCCCCAGAGCAACGAAGAAGGUAACGCUGAUGCUGAAUCUGACCAGACACCGGUCUCUGGCCAGAGCGCAAUGCUUCUGUCUCCUGUGAUUGUCGUGACACAACAGGUGGAUGAAGCUGGCAGCAAAGAGGCUCUGUGCCUAAAGGAAACCAGAGAAGAAGCUCAGGUCACAGCUGACGCGUCAUCAACAGAGCCAGCAGAGCCAACAAAGCCAACAGAGCCAGCUAAAUCUAACAACUCUGAUGCAGAUGAAGUCAGUGCACCUGAGCCAUCUGCUGAACCAGGACCCACCAUCACAGACUCUCUGGAUGUGUCCCCUCUGGUCUCGCCCCAGACCACAGAGGUCCAAGUUCAAAGUGAAUCUGCUGUGCCUGACGACUCAGUUUCAAAUCAGCCAUCAGAAGAGGAUUCUCCCAUCCAGUCUGACUCUCCAUUAAACCCACCUGAUACAGACGCUCCAAUGAAACUCAGUCUGGGAUCACUAAGUGAGGCAAUCACUUGCAGUUCCCUGGAAUCUUCUGGUAUGCCAAUAAUGGGACAGCAGACCACAGACAGAGCUGUCUAUUUGACAGGAGGAAUUAAGGACAGCUGGGAGGUGGAGAGAGUAAAAGAGGAGAAACGCAAAGAGGAAGCAGAAAGAAAUGACACAAUUAAAGCAGGGGGAGAACAGACAGAGAAAGAAGAGGUAACUGGAGAAGAGACAGGUGAGGAGACGAUGGAGGCCCAAACAGGAGGCGAGCCUGUCGAUGACAGCUGCAGAUCCUCUGGAUCACCAGUGGACACCGCGACCUCAAACACAGAGCAGAGAGAGAGCAAAGAGAGGAUGGAGGAAGGAGGGACAAGCGGUGAGCUCCGGAUUGAAAAUAAAAAAGAUGAUGAUGAAGAAGCAGCAGCAGAGAAAGAAGAUCAUGUUGAAGAAGAAAAAGAAGAAGAGGAGAAGCCAAUGGAAUCACAGCUGGAGAGUGCUGCUGAGCCACCAUUGGACAGUGUGUCUUGCAUCAGAGACCUUGUGGCUGAGAUUAUUGAGGUGGAGACAACAGUCACCCCCUGUCCCGAGAGCAGCAGCAAACCCUAAAACAAUCAUUACCACAGCGGCUGCAGGGCCCUGUGCUACAAAGGGAGUUCAGCAUAGCCAGAGUUCAACACUUUUAGCUUUUAUUCACUCAGCUGCAAACUCUGUGCUCCUUAAUAAAUAUGAAAACAGAAUCUAGACAUGGUACAAUUUUGAUAUGAACUGUGAGUGUCCUGUUUUAGGAUCGUAUAUUAACACUUAUAGAACAAUAAAAUUGUGGUGAAAUUGUUUGCAGAUGACGGGGGGAAAAAAAUCAAGGAAUAAAGUUUCAUCUAAGAAUGUUGAUUGGUCAGUAGGCUACCUGUUCAGCUCUAAUCUGGAACAUACGCAGCAUGAGUUAUCCUGGUGAUAUACCCCAGUAAGAAGUGAACCUCCUUCGUAGUACAGAAAACCCAGAUAAGAUGAAAUCCUGCUUUGUAGUACAGGCCUCUGGUCCAGGCUGAUGAUCUCCCAGCUGGAUAACAGUUCCUAGAAGAAAAAAACCUUAGUUUCUUAAUAUUUCAUUAAUGUACCACGUUUUCAUAGAACAAUGAUCUGAAAAGUCUAAAGUCUAAACUCUUUUUUUAUAUAUAUAUGUUGUUUUUUAUUUUUAACAAUGGCAUUGAUUGAAUCCCCCAAAUAAAGAUGUUAAACCUUUAAUUUUCUUACAGCCACCUCAAGUCAUUUGGUCGACCAGUUGGGGGCAACAGAAUAAACUGUAAUUGUACUGAGACCUUUCUAAAGCUAUUGUGGCAAACAUGUAACCACAUUUGGGAUAUAACAGCACGUAUACUGUUCGAAAGAAUUACGGGAACACUUUUUAAUCAGAGUUCAUUAAAUUGACUGCAUUUGCACUGAAAUUAUUACUGUCUGAUUCUGCUGUUGUAUAAUCUCACUGAUUAUGUAGGUCCUUCCUCUUCUACAAAAACGGGCAGAGCUCACAAUUAUAAUAAGUUGGAUUUUGUGGUAACAAAGACAUUGAUGGGGUCCAUAGUUGGGAUAUAAAAGUUAAAAUAUUUAUAGAUUCUGUAUUUAAUGGGAUUAAAAGAUGAAAUGCUCAGUGCACUUGUUCAGAUAUUCACCACAGACAGAGAGAUUAAUUCAGAUUUUGGGGCUUCCACACAGGACUCGGUCAAUGUCUGAAUCACUAUAAAAUAUAUACAGUCUAUGGAUGUGCAGCUCUGAGGUCUAACAGAUUUGACUGUUGCCACUAGAAAUGAAGCAAAAUCAACACAGUUUAAAUAUUUUGUUUAAAUUUAGUAGCUAACACAAGUUUGAAACAGGUUUUAGCUCAUGUGGACACGUCAGGUGUGUUUGAACAGUCAGCCAACUUAUUGCAGGGAGCUUCUAAACCGUGUAGCCUAUAAAUGGGUUUCUCUGAAUUACUGCAGAAAUGUUUUAAAGCUUCUCAGCAAAGAGAAAAGAGCACCAAGUUUUAGAAACUGUUUAUGUUGUACUGCCCUCUGCUGGCAGCGAGUGACAACUCUUUCAUUGGAGAUGAAACUGCUACAUCCUGAGUUUGGCACCAAAAGCACCAUUAAACAGGAAUCGUCUCUGCUAGAGAACAGGACGAAUGAGCGAGUGCACAGUGACAACAAUAACUCAGCAUCAUGUUUUCAGCUCCCUCCAGGCUGCACAGCACAGCUGUCUUCAUAAUGCUAAAAACUAAAUUUCAUCUUUUAAAAGCAAAUGGUUACUUUGUUACACAGCUAACAAGCAUGUCAUCAUGUGGAGACAAUAGCUUUAUUUUACAGCACCAAACAUUAAAAUCAUUGUUUAACAAAAUAUU